GACUUCUGUCAUAUACGAUUUGACAUUUCAUGGAAUUGGAGAAAAUUUGCCGGUUGAAAAAUUUUCGCAUUUCUAUUUUUGUUUGAAAAUUCGCCAAAGAAAACUCAAAAAAUGAAAACAAUUCUCCCAGAUGAAAACUCAAAUCCAAUUCCAAUUAUUGCUGCAGAAGCCGAAGCAUUCGAUGAUGAUAAAGAUGAUGCUGCAAGUGUUGUAAGUUCCGGCACAACAACCACCUCCCGAAGCAAGUCUCCAUCAGGAAGAAAACCCAAAUCACGAAAGAAGCACAGGCACUCGAAAUCAUCAAAGCCAUCUUAUUCAUACAGCUGCCAUUUGCGUGAGGACCAUGGUCAGCCAAUAUUUGGAGCCCAAUUCAAUCACUAUCUCAGUAAGGAACAAGCUAUAUUUGCUUCAGUGGGCAAAGAUAGACUUUCUAUCUAUGAAUGUCCUCCAGAAGGUGGAAUGAAGCUUUUGCAGUGUUAUGCUGAUCCAGAUGCCGAUGAAAACUUUUAUACAUGCGCAUGGUCCUAUGACCCAGAAUCUGGAGAUCCUGUCCUCGCAGCGGCUGGCUAUCGUGGUGUCAUACGAAUCUUUGAUCCUUCGAAGCAUAUUUGCACAAAACAUUACAUCGGUCAUGGACAUGCUAUAAACGAGCUCAAGUUUCAUCCAAAAAAGCCGACAAUUCUGCUCUCCGGAAGCAAGGAUCAUUCGCUACGUUUGUGGAACAUUCAAAGUGAUACUUGCGUUGCUAUAUUCGGUGGCGUCGAGGGUCACAGAGAUGAAGUAUUGAGUUUGGAUUUCGAUUUGAAUGGCGAUCGAAUAAUGUCAAGUGGAAUGGACCAUUCACUCAAGCUCUGGCGACUCGACAAGCCAGAGAUCAAGGAAGCCAUCGAAAAGAGUGGCACAUUCAAUGCAAACAAAUGUGUUGGUCCCUUUCCAACAAUCAAAGAGCACUUUCCAGAUUUUAGCACUCGCGAUAUCCAUCGCAACUACGUCGAUUGUGUCCAGUGGUUUGGAGAUUUUGUCCUCUCCAAAUCUUGUGAGAAUUCCAUUGUUUGCUGGAAGCCGGGCAAGUUGGACCAAGGGCAUAUUAAGACACCACCAGAAUCAUCAGCUACUAUCAUUCAUCAUUUUGACUACAAAGAAUGUGAACUUUGGUUUAUUCGAUUUGGUUUCAACAAUUGGCAAAGAAUUCUAGCGCUGGGGAAUCAACAUGGAAAAACUUAUGUUUGGGAAUUGGAUAAUUCUGAUCCAGAUGCAACUAAAUGCAGUACACUGGUACAUUCGAAAUGUACAACUGCAAUAAGGCAAACUGCAUUUUCGAAAGACGGGAGAGUACUGAUUUGUGUUUGUGAUGAUGGCACUAUCUGGAGAUGGGAUAGGAAUGUUUAAAGUUUAUCUUUGAGACUCAAAUAAGUUUGAGAAGAAUCUCACAAAAGGGAAGUAUUAUUAUUAAUAAUUUAAUUAUUAAGAUUUUAAGAUUUAUGUUUUAAUGUUUAUGUAGACUUGGUUACAGCUAAGCUAAUGCUUUUAAUAAAAUUUAACUU